CGCCCGCGGCUCCGGGACCGGGCACCGCGGGCAUGGCGGCCGCGGCGGGAGAGGAGCCGGGCGAACCCGGCCCCGAGGAGUUCGUGUACAGCGAGGAGGACUUCGUGCUGCAGGCGGCCGGCUGGGACGACCCGGACUCCGCGCCCUCCCGGUUCGACCGGGUGCUGCUGGCGGGCUGGAACGACCGUAUGGAGCGGGGACUGUUCCGGUACCGGCUGGGGCCGCUGCCCACCCGCGUCCUGCCCGGCUCCGUGCGGCUCGUGGCGCAGCUGAACGAGCAGCGCAGCGCGGAGCGCCGCCCGCCACAGCCCGUCCGCAGCCUGCGCGACCCCUUCGACCCCGGCGCCUUCAACUUCACGCGGCUGCGGCCCGCCGAGCUGCUGCUCCGCCUGCGCCGCACCGGCGGCCCGGGGCCGCCGCCGGAGCCGCUGCUGGUGGCCAUCAACGCCAGCCCGCUGGAGCGGGGCCACGUGCUGCUGCUGCCCGAGCCGGCGCGGCGGCUGCCGCAGCUGCUGACGGCCGCGGCGCUGCGCGGGGCGCUGGAGGCCGCGCUGCUCAGCGCCCACCCCGGCUUCCGCGUGGGCUUCAACGGGCUGGGCGGCGGCGCCUCGGUGAACCACCUGCACCUGCACGGGCUCUACCUGGGCCGCCCGCUGCCGCUGGAGGAGGCGCCGGCCGAGCCGCUGGGGCCGCGCCUGGCGCUGCUCCGCGCCGGCCGCGGGCUGCGGGUGCUGCUGUGGGCGCGCCGGCCGCUCUUCGGCCCCAAGGCGGGGCAGCCCUUCGCCGUGGCCCUGUGCGAGCUGGCGGGGCUGCUGCCGCUGCCCGCCGAGCCGCUCUACCGGGACAUCACCGAGGCGCAGGCCCUGAGCGCCAUCCGCCAGCACCUGCUGCCCGAGCCCGAGCUGCUGCACCUGGGCGGGGAGCUGGCGCGGCUGCUGGAGCACUGAGAGCUGGAUCGGCGGCAUGGAGAGCUGAGCCGGUGGCACGGAGAGC